AUGAUAGUCGCGCAGGCAUCAAGUCGCUUUACUGUUGGCCAGCCGUUGUGCCGUAACGAGACAUAUCUAAAACUCACAUACAAGGUGAUUGAUGGGAUUAUGUUUACUGCCUUUGCGAGUGGAACAUUUCCCCAGAUCCUUCGACCCAUAGUUGGACGCCUUUCCAGUUGGCAUACACGACGUAAUAUUAACAAAGUCACGAAACUAUUCGCACCUCUCUACAAGGAGAGGAUGGAAUUUCUAAAACACGAAGACAAAAUUCCGUCACAAAAUGAACCAGAGGACCAACUGCAGAUGAUGCUUCGGUUUGCUCAGAAAAAGCGACCCCAUGAGCUCGACGAUAUUGACAUAAUUGCUACACGGCUCUGUGCAUCAAAUUUUGUUAGCAUGCACCAAACGACCAUCACAGCUACGAAUAUGUUACUUAAUGUCAUCGGUUCAGACAGCGAGUUUAACACCAUCUCCGAGCUACGGGACGAGAUCUCCCACAUUCUGGGGCCUAGUGAUUCAGGUUGGACAAAGGCAAAAUUCUCCAAAAUGAUCAAAGCGGACAGCGUCGCGCGUGAGACUAUGCGUAUUAACUUCCCAUUUGGCAACCGUGGCCUGUUGCGAAAAGUGAUGAAGAAUGGGGUGGUGACACCAGCCGGGAUUAGUCUGCAAAAUGGCUCGCUCAUCUCUUAUCUGGCGUCCCCAGCGCAGAUUGACGAGGAAAAGUUUGAAGAACCCUUGAAGUACGAUCCUUUUAGGUUUUCCCGUGAGCAAGAUGCUACCGCAUAUGAUGGCCGUGGUCCGCAUCCACAGGCCUUUGUGUCAACUUCGCCUCAAUACCUACCUUUUGGCCAUGGCCGACACGCAUGUCCUGGCCGGUUUCUCGUUGAGAUCGAGCUAAAAAUGAUCUUAGCACACAUUCUGGAAAACUAUGAUAUCAAAUUUCCACCAGAGUAUGGGGGCAAGCGACCACCUAAUCUCUGGAUGGCAGAAUUGGCGAUUCCUCCACCAGGCGCAAAGAUCAAGGUCAAGAGGCGCAAGGGUGUAGAGGGGUAG